UCUGCGUCAGUCGUUCUGCUUUCAUGCACGGAAUCAAGCUGGAACAGUGAAGUAAGCAUGGGGAAAAUGAAAGAUUUAUGGUUUAUUUUUCAUUUUGCAUCUUCUUCAGCGGUCUGGUGGUGUUUGACGAGUGAAUGCACAUUUGUUGUUCUCUUGCAUUAUCGACACUGUGAAGAAUUGGUCUAAACAUGAGGAAAAGGAAUGUGUUUUACAGUUUAUUCUUCUUCUUACAUCUUCUCCAACAAGCUAGCAGUGAUGUCCAUUCCAUCAGUGGCUAUUUCCUUGGUUCUCAAGGCCUCAAUCUGCCCGAUUACAUGGAGAGAAUUACUGUGGAUGAUGUUGGCAUGUAUUAUUACGAUAGCACUAUGAAUGCAGAGGUGCCCUGUCCUGAAUGGCUUAAUACUACAGAAGGUCAGGAACACUGGAAGGAUAUUAAUCUCAUAUCACUUGACAACAGACAUAGAUUCGCUUCAUCUCUCCAGUCUGCCAUACUGCAGUUUAACCUGACAGGUUCUUCUUCAAAUGUUAACGUAUACCAAGGCGUUGGCCGUUGUUCCCUCUAUCCAGAUGGGACUCUCAAGGCAGUGUUAACACAUGCAUUCAAUGGGGAAGACUUUUUAAGUUUUGAUAUUGACACAAAAACGUUCAUAGCUUCUGUUCCUCAAGCGGUCAUUUACAAAAGGCAGAGGGAGGAAAAUCCAGUCUUUCUUGAACAUUUGACAUUUUUCUACAAGAAGACCUGUUUUGAACGCCUGAAGAUUCUUCUACAACAUGCUCCUGCAGUCAAUAUGAAGAAAGUUCCAGAAGUCCGUCUUUUCAAGAGGACCAAGGCUGGCUCUAAGGUCCUCACGUGUCAUGUGACUGGGUUCUACCCCAGAGACGUGCAGGUUGAGUGGGUCGGAGCAGGUCUACAGUCUGUGGAAGAAGAGAUGGUUGAUGUGCUUCCUAAUGGAGAUGGUACUUAUCAGACCAGAAGGAGUGUGAUUAGACCUGAGGAGAACCCAGAGGAACACAAAUACAGCUGCGUAGUGCAUCACAGCAGUGUAGCAGGAAACGUCACCAAAACCUGGGAAGAACACUCUGGACUGGCUGCUUGGAUUUGGAUUUCUCUUAUCUGUUUUUUCUUGGCCAUUGCUGGAACUGGGCUUUUGUUCAGGCGGUUAUGUAAAACUAAAGAUGUUGGGAUUUGAAAUUACUGCUUGUGUGAAGAUGAAUCAGUGUGGCUCCACCUUCACUCCUAAAACUCAACAGCUUCUGCACAGACUUUACUUCUUUCAAUGUCUGCAAGUAUCGCUAAAAAUUGGUGCUAUGCACCCUUCAGGGGUUAAAGCAAAUGGUUCAAUGGGCUAAUAAGAGAUGCUCAACUUAAAGCAUAUGAAGAGCUUAGGGAUGAGUCAAUACCAAUCAAAGAACACAAAUGUUAGCUAAUACACCUGAAUUUACAACAAUUUACAAUGGUGCGUAAGCCUCCUUAAAUGUCGGUGCACUAUACUACUCACAUGUAAUGACACAAUUACAUGGCUAAUUUCACUGUCAUGUAAGACAUUACAUUUACAUUUUAUUUACAUUCUGUGGUGAUUUAAAAUGUCUUCUCUUCAACUUACACAUAGACUGAAAGUUUACAAUCUGCACUUUCAGCAGAAUUUCUCUCCCUGUUUCAGUGAUCUAUAAGUGAGAAAUAAUAUUAAAUGACAAAAUGUGUUUUGCCUUCUUUUUUUAAUUUGCUAAGUUUAUACCCUUGCUGUGAAAGAAAACACCUUACUGCCUUAAACAGCAUCAUCUCAUGCUUGUCCUGCAGACUCAUUAGGAAAGGAGCAAGGGUCAGGAGCAGGCUCGGAGAUGCUUAUGCUACAAUAUAGCACCUGAAAGUGAUAAACUGCUGUAUAUUUCUAUAUAGCAUGGGAAUCCUCUUGUGCACUAAAAUUUGUAGAUAAAUGUCAUAUUUAAGCGUGCUCUCUGUAGACAAAUUAACUUAUUUUGUACAAAAUGCGUCCUUUGACCAGGAGUGUUCAAACUUUUGCAUGCGACUGUAUAACAUUUGCGGUUUUUACGCACAUUUCAUGUUUUAUGAUUAUAUUCCAA